AUGAUAUCAGUUGAAAUUGUAUGGAGACAGAUGUCGAACGCAAUUGUUUAUAGUAAACAUGCUUUAAAUGUGAAAUAUGAAUCGAUUGGCUUGCAUAGUGAAAGUUAUACGAAAAAUGAUGGACUCUGUUAUAAGGGUUUUGCGGUUAAAUAACUGCAAUUGGCCGGAACUAAGUAGGUACUGUGGUUGCUGUAAGCUCUCUACUGGAAUCUACAUUCGUUUAAUUUUAAGUCUGAUUUUAGUGAUUAUCCUAAUUGUAGUCAAUUCGUAUGGCCUUACGAAAUUAUUUACCACAGCCUCUGCCCUAGAUGGCGUAACGGUGACAGUUAUUGGUGAUCGUUUUAACAAAACAAUCACUGAAGAAGACCUUUUUGUGGUCCAAAAUAUAGUUUUGGCGUUAAAGAUCUAUCUAAUCAUAUGGAUUAUCUUGAAGUUCAUAUAUAUUUUUACCAUUUUGGCGGGAUUUUACGCUAUCUUUUUCAAAAAGCCCAAGGUUUUGAAAUUUGUUUUCUACACGAUGAUACCGAACUGGAUUUUUGAUAUCAUAAUAUUAGUCGGAGCUAAAACCUUUUUAAAACUGCCAGUACAAGUAUUAUUCUUCAUCGGUGUAUGUUCCGAGUUCUACAACUUGAUCGCCAUCAAUAGUCAAUACAGGCAAAUGGCGUUCAAAUCGCGUAUCGUCCCUGAAGAGCCCUUGACCUCUACAUUUACUAGUCAGGUGGAAGCGUGGAAUCCAAAUAUACACGGCGGAGCCCAUUGCAGGACCUGCGUAUGCCCCACAUCACCUUACAUGGAAAUCAGAUCUGAAAGAACCACUGUUACCAGCCUCUCAUCACCUCAAACUCCUUCGGAAUUCUCCGAAGUGAUAGAUCAACAAACAGAAGACAAAGAGGUGAAUUUCAAAGAUGGCCCCAUUAUCUACAACCAAGAACAAUUGGAGCCACGUGACGUCCUGUUUUUAAGACGAGAUAGAGUUGAGGGAGAUAUAGAUAGUAGAGACUUGAGACAUUCGGAUGAAGUAAGGCGACCGAGACCGAAUUCGCUAGCGCUUUAAGAAUUACUUAAAUUAUUUUUGUAAAAGCAAGACAAGUAAUGUUUGAAAAGCAUUCUUAAGCGAAAUGUUUUCGUUUCGUCUGUGGUUAAAGCCAGUAGGUACUACAUUUAAAAUAAAACCUCAUUUUGGAUUUAUAUCGUGGAAAUUGACUAUUAUUCUCCUUAGUCUAUGAAUGUAGGAUCAAAAUAAUAAUUUGUAAAGAAAUUUAUUUCGUUGAAAUUUAAUAGAUUCUAGUUAGUAAAAUGUCAGAUUGUGUUAUGAUAUUUUAAUGAAUAUAUAAAUUUGUUAUUUCAUUCUUUUUAAUAAAAAAUAACGAAUAAAUGCCUUAUGUUUUAAAUUAUUCGCUCCAGUUCUGAAUAUUUCCAUUAGAUUAUUACAUUGUAAAAUAAAUUGUAAAUAGCAAAAUAAUAAACGUGUUCGUCGCAAAA